AACCUGCUUUACAGAUUUGCAGACACAUGUUUUUCACACAUCACUCAAACACAGAACCAGGAAACAGGAAACUCUUCAGUUCAGAGAAACUGAAACUGAAGUGCAGUUGAGCUGUUGUGUGUUUGUGUCUCUGUAUUCAAGCAGUAAAAUGGCAGAAGCCAGAAUUUCUCAGGAUGAGUUCAAGUGUUCAGUGUGUCUGGAUCUCCUGAAGGAUCCAGUGACCAUUCCCUGUGGACACAGUUUCUGUAAGAUCUGUAUUACAGGCUGCUGGGAUCAGGAGGAUCAGAUGAGAGUCUACAGCUGCCCUCAGUGCAGACAGACCUUCAGUCCAAGUCCUGCUUUAGCUAAAAACACCAUGCUGGCUGAAGUGGUGGAGAAACUGAAGAAGACUAAACUUCCUGCUGACUGUCACGCUGGAGCUGGAGAUGUGCAGUGUGACGUCUGUGAUGGAAGAAAACGCAAAGCCAUCAAGUCCUGUCUGGAGUGUCUGGAGUCUUAUUGUGAGAAUCACCUUGAACAACAUGAGAGUUUCUUUAAAAGAAAGAGACACAAUCUGACUGAUGCCACUGGACGACUGCAGGAGAUGAUCUGCCAAACACAUGAUAAACUCCUUGAGGUUUUCUGCCGCACUGAUCAGAAGUGUAUAUGUCUGCUGUGUACGAUGGAUGAACAUAAAAACCACGACACUGUAUCAGCUGCAGCGCAGAGGACAGAGAAUCAGAAGCAGCUGAAGGAGACGCAGAGGUCGUUCCAGCAGAGGAUCCAGCAGAGAGAGAAAGAUCUUCAGCAGCUGAGAGAGGCUGUGGCGUCUCAUAAGCGCUCUGCACAGACAGCAGUGGAGGACAGUGAGAGGAUCUUCACUGAGCUUAUCCGCUCCAUUGAGAGAAGCGGCUCUGAGGCGACACAGCGGGAAAAGACUGCAGUGAGUCGAGCUGAAGGACGACUGGAGCGACUCGAGCAGGAGAUCAAUGAUCUGAGGAGGAGAGACGCUGAGCUGGAGCAGCUUUCACACACACAGGAUCACAUCCAUUUCCUGCAGAGUUGCCAGUCUCUCUCAGCUCCUCCUGAAUCGACAGACAUAAAUGACAAUCCCUUUAGUUCUCUCUCCUCUUUUGAUGGCGUGAGAGAAUCUGUCCGUCAGCUGAGAGACAAACUGGAGGAUAUCUGCAAAGAGGACAUCAAGAAGAUCUCUGACAGAGUCACUUUCACCAACAUUGUUCCCAAGACCAGGAACGACUUCCUACAAUAUUCCCAUCAGCUCAAUCUGGAUCUGAACACAGCACAUAAAAUCCUCCGUCUGUCUGAGAGGAACAGCGUGAUUAAAUUCACUAGCAGAGAUCAGUUGUAUCCUGAUCAUCCAGACAGAUUUGAUGUGUAUCCUCAGGUGUUGUGUAGAGAGAGUGUGUGUGGACGCUGUUACUGGGAGAUUGAGUGGAGUGGGAGAAGUGUGUGUAUAUCAGUGUCAUACAAGAGCAUCAGCAGGAAGGGACGGGUUCAGUGUGUGUUUGGAGAUAAUGAUCAGUCCUGGAGUUUGUUCUGCACUCCUAAAAGAUUCUCAUUCUGGCACAAUAACAUAGAGACUAAACUCCCUGUAGAGCCCAUCAGCCGUAGAAUAGGAGUGUAUGUGGAUCACAGUGCAGGAACUCUGUCUUUCUACAACGUCUCUGAUACAAUGAGCCUCAUCCACACAGUCCAGACCACAUUCACUCACACAGUCUAUCCUGGGUUUAGGGUUUAUCGUGACUCAUCAGUGAAACUAUGUUGAUGAAUCAGAAUAGACUGUAGAGAGAUUCUACCCAAAAUACUUUGAACUGCAUGAUAAAUCAGUUACUGUCACACACUGGCUUGAUGAGAUAAUCCGAGAUAAGAGGCUUGAUGCA